UUUAAGGAAAUUGUAGCUUGCAGAAUCACAUAUGUACUUAUCCCAUCCUAUGUUUUUUUUUUUGCUUUAAGUUUUACUUAUCCCAUCCUAUGUUUCCACAAAUUCUUCUUUCUUUUUUUCUGAACACCCCACAAAUUCUUCUUAUAAUCGUUUUUCUCCACAUCAUCUCUUUUGUCUCUUUUCCCAUAGAUAUUCACCAAUAAUUCUUGCUAAAUUAUUGUUCACCCGAAUAUUCCCAGUUUUUUCUCUAUCUUCUUGUUCUAUAUAAAGAAAUACCACAAUUCUCAUUAUUACACAGCGGAAAUCUCUUUGUCCUGAGUUUAUGUUGUAGAUCAGAAUGAGAUUCUUACUGAAAGUUCUUGCCUUUGUGACACUACUUUUAGUGUUUCUAAUAACAACAGAAUCAGCUCCUGAAUCUGCUCUUAUCACCAAACUUCCUGGCUUCAGUGGCACUUUUCCUUCAAAACACUACUCCGGGUACGUCACAAUUGAUAAGGAGCAUGGGAAAAAUCUGUGGUAUUACUUUGUUGAAUCAGAGAUGAAUCCUUCGAAAGAUCCGGUCGUACUCUGGCUCAAUGGUGGUCCAGGUUGCUCAAGCAUGGAUGGAUUUGUAUACGAGCAUGGUCCUUUCAAUUUCGAACCAGCAAAGACAAAUUAUAGUCUCCCACUCCUGCAUCUUAAUCCUUAUAGUUGGUCAAAGGUGUCUAACAUGAUAUACCUUGAUUCACCUGUUGGUGUGGGAUUCUCUUACUCAAAGAACGAAUCUGACUACAUAACCGGUGAUAUGAAAACCGCGGUUGACUCUCACGCGUUCCUUCUCAAGUGGUUCCAGAUGUUUCCCGAGUUUCAGUCAAAUCCGUUUUACAUCUCUGGAGAAUCUUAUGCCGGAGUUUACGUCCCAACUCUGGCUUCAGAAGUUGUCAAAGGGAACAAAGAAGGGUUAAAGCCGGCUCUUAAUUUAAAGGGAUAUUUGGUUGGAAAUGGAGUUGCAGAUUCCAUGUAUGACGGAAACGCUCUUAUCCCGUUUGCACACGGGAUGGGCCUGAUCUCUGAUCAGCUCUUUGAGCACGUUACAAAAGCUUGCAAUGGAAAUUUCUACGACAAUUUUAGCCCUGAUUGCGAGGAACAGAUGGCUAAAGUUUCAAUGGAUAUUGACAGGUUGAACAUAUACAACAUUCUUGAGCCAUGUUACCAUGGAACAUCCCUAUCCGCAUUUGACAUCAAAUCGCUGCCUUCAACUCUUCUGCAGUUAGGCAAAAUCGAAAAACCUUUGGCUGUAAGAAAAAGAAUGUUUGGUCGGGCGUGGCCUGUUCGUGCGCCUAUUCUUCCAGGCAUUGUUCCUAGCUGGUCUCAACUCCUUGCUGACGUUUCUGUUCCUUGCAUCGAUGAUAGAGUUGCAACAGCUUGGCUAAACGAUCCAGCGAUUAGGAAAGCUAUUCAUGCUAAAGAGGAGAGCGAGAUAGGAAGAUGGGUACUCUGCACUGGUAAGCUAUCGUUCCAUCACGAUGCAGGAAGUAUGAUCAGCUUCCAUAGAAACCUCACUCUAAGUGGAUAUAGAGCUCUCAUUUACAGCGGUGAUCACGAUAUGUGUGUUCCAUUUACUGGCUCUGAAGCUUGGACACAUUCUCUUGGAUACAAGGUGAUUGAUGAAUGGAGGGCAUGGAUAUCAAAUGACCAAGUCGCAGGGUAUACCGAAGGAUAUGCAAACAAUCUAACAGUUUUAACCAUAAAGGCACUGAAUCACAAUUCUCUACUGAAAUUGGAAAAAUGGUUGCCAAGUCUAUAUUCGUAUGAUGUUAUUAUCUUUGUGUUGGUAAUUUCAGGGUGCAGGACAUACAGUUCCUGAGUACAAACCGCGGGAGGCUUUGGAUUUCUAUAGCCGAUUUCUAGCAGGAAGCAAGAUUUAAGAGAGAUCUCUAUUGAAAAAUAAGUACAGAGCAUCAUAUCGUGUAUUGACUCGUUUAAAUAAAAAAAAGGAGCAUGUGCCAUUUAGCUUGUGAAUGGUUGAUUCUUCAUUCUUCAUGAUAAAACACCAUGCAUACCUCUUCUUCCAGUAAAAUGCUUGCCGUUUCUUACUUCAACAGAUGGGCUCUUUGCCUUUCAGAAAAAGUCUACAUAUUUACAAGAAUGCUCCUGAUAAGUUUUUGCCUAGAAUAUAUAUAUGUUGUGCCAUUGUUUACACAAAAACACACACACACGGAAACUCAGAAUAGGUUUUUAGCUUAAGGUUUUGGUGAGAAGCUCUAAGAACUCUUUCAGAGUAUUGUAUUGGAACUCGAGUUUUUCUAUCUCUAUCCAAUUAUGAAAUUCAUUCAGUUUA